AUGGACGAGCUUGAAAAAGUGCGACAGGAGCUUGAGCAAGCCAAGGCGAGUCUUCAAGAAGUCGAGAAACACACUCGAGAGCUAGAGAAGCUCAACCUAGAAGUCGAGAAAGACAAUCGAGAGCUAGAGAAAGACAAUCGAGAGCUAGAGAAACACACUCGAGAGCUUGAGAAAAACACUCGAGAGCUAAAGAAGCGCAAUCUAGAAUUCAAGAAAAACACUCGAGAGCUUGAGCAAGCCAAGGCGAGAGGUCGAGAACUGGAGAGACGCGUCGCAUCCCUGAAACUUGGCGACUUCCUCAAAGAAUGCCACACUCUGGCCCUGGCACUGGUCCCCAUCACUGAGAGGCCUCUCACUACGCAGAGUGAGACAACAACCAAGCCUGCCGGCCGACUGCUGCACCCCUUGCGCAUUGUUCCGUGGAAGAACUUCCCGGCCAUGCAGGCCCAUGUCUGGGACACACUCACGGAACAUACCUCUUUCUUUGACAAGGCCGUGUUCCCAUCUUUAGAAUACCUGGAGCGGCUCAAAUCAACCCUCAAACCAGUCAGCAGUGAGAUGACCUUGCGAACUUUUCAAUGCAAGACUGUUGAGGAUUCCGUUUGCAUGAUCAUGGCUGCCGUCCACAACGACCCCGAAGCGAGGGAGCAUCUCGGCCUCCGGGGAACCAUGUCAUUCAUCGACGAUACGAAUUUUGGCAAUAGCGCCUCCCCCGAGGCGCCGACCGAGCAGCAACCAAAGCGGAUGAAGAACUGCCGGGCGGAUCAGCUCUGCAUCUACCAAUCCUCCUCCGAGGAAAAGGUGCCAACUUUGGCGAUCGAGUAUAAACCACCUCACAAGUUGACUCGAGAUGAGAUCGUCACAGGGUUGGUCGGCGAGAUUCAGCCGGCUCGCGAUGUCAUCAACAAGAGCACCGAAACCUUCACAGAUGCUGCCAAGCGACUCAGCGCUGCUGUCAUAACUCAGCUCUUUGCAUACAUGGUUGACAAGAAGCUGCGGUACGGAUUCGUAUGUCAGGGCGAGGCGUACAUCUUUCUCCACAUAUCUGACGACGACCCUUCUCUGGUUUACUAUUUCGUUUCUGUGCCGAGUCUGGAUGUUCCGCCUGGGAGCGACAAACCUCCAGCCAUUUAUCAAACAGCUGUUGCCCAGGUCUCUGCCUUCAUCAUGCAAGCCAUCAAUUCCCAGGCGCCGAGCCAGCAUUGGUGUGACCAAGCUGCUCGGCUCCCUCAAUGGUGUGUGGAAUACGAGAUGGAGGUGCAUGACAUUCCGUCCACCAUUCGCUCAGAUACAAGCGCAGCCGUGGAAUACACACCACAAUCGUGGUCUGACAUGUCCUUCGUUCUCUCACAAAGCGACACAUUGGGCAACAACCGAGCCACCAUCAACGAACGCCCUUACUGCACCCAUGACUGCCUGAAGGGACUCGCUUUUGGCGGCCCGUUGGAUCCCCAGUGCCCCAACGCUGCAGACCAUGGGCAUGCCCACCUUGGCAUUGAGGAGUUCCUUUACCGCACGCGUGAGCAGUUGGCUAGCGACCGUGGCGAGGACGCUGACUGCACACCACUCCACGUUUCGGGCUCGCGUGGGUCCCUUUUUAAACUGAGGCUAUCUUCCCGUGGCUAUACCCUCGUGGCCAAGGGCGUAGAGGCUGCAGAUAGAGAUCAGCUACUCCACGAGAAUGAGAUAUACAACCAUCUCCAUGACCUUCAGGGUCGGUUUAUCCCGGUCUGCCUCAGUACGAUCGACCUCAUUCUCCCGUACUACUACGACGGCGGCAUUUAUAUUCACUUCAUGCUCAUGAGCUACGGCGGGCGCCCUGUGCUCUAUAGAUUGGAGAGUAUCAAGCCUGCGAUUGCCGAGAACAUCACGACUGCCCUGAGCCGCCUGCAUGAGCACCGAGUUUUGCAUCGCGAUGCUGAGCUCCGCAACGUCCUCUACGAUGACCGUACCGAGAAUUGCAUGAUGGUUGAUCUGAUAAUGUCAGAGGUACACAUGCGGCAGCCUCCAGGCUUUGCGAGGGAGAUGCAGAGCCUGCGUGGCAUUCUAAACCGCCACAUCAAGACCACGGUAUCGGCCUGA